AUAUUCACUUACUCGAUGGGAAACGUCGUGUUCCUUCACGUGAGCCGGCCUGACGUGGUCCGGGACAUCAACCUGUGCGUGUCGCUGGACCUGGGCAAGAGCUCCUACCUCAAGGCGACGCACGAGCCCCUGUUCGGCGGGGGCAUCCUCAAAUCCAACGGGGAGGCGUGGGCGCACCAGAGGAAGAUCAUCGCCCGUGAGUUCUUCCUGGACAAGGUCAAGGGCAUGGUGGAUCUGAUGGUAGAUUCUGCACAAACACUGCUUUGCUCAUGGGAAGAGAGAAUUGACAAAAAUGGCGGGAACGUAGAUAUUAAGAUUGAUGAUGACAUAAGGGCUUACUCUGCGGAUGUGAUCUCUAGAACAUGCUUUGGAAGCAGCUACAUCAAAGGAAAGAAUAUCUUUCUAAAGAUCAGAGAACUACAAAAGGCUGUGUCCAAGCCAAAUGUACUAGCUGAAAUGACUGGCCUAAGGUUUUUUCCCACCAAGAGGAACAAGCAAGCAUGGGAGCUUCACAAACAAGUGCACAAACUAAUACUAGAAAUUGUUAAGGAAAGCGGGGAAGAAAGGAACUUACUGCGUGCAAUUCUUCUCAGUGCAAGCAGCAGCAAGGUGGACCUCGCUGAGGCAGAGAACUUUAUAGUGGAUAACUGCAAGAGCAUAUAUUUUGCAGGAUAUGAGAGCACGGCCGUUACAGCUGCCUGGUGCCUAAUGCUCCUUGGGCUACAUCCAGAAUGGCAGGGUAAGGUGAGAGAGGAAGUGCAGGAGGUCUGUGAGGGUCGGCCAGUAGACUCUCAGUCACUUCAGAAAAUGAAGAAUUUGACUAUGGUAAUCCAGGAGACUUUGCGUUUAUACCCAGCAGGCGCCUUUGUAUCAAGGCAGGCCCUUCAGGAACUGAAGUUUGGGGGUGUACACAUACCAAAAGGUGUCAACAUCUACAUCCCUGUUUCCACAAUGCACCUUGAUCCCAAUCUGUGGGGUCCAGAUGUGAAAGACUUUAACCCAGAGCGCUUCUCCAAUGCACAACCCCAGCUACAUUCCUACUUGCCAUUUGGAGCUGGUGCUCGAACUUGCCUUGGUCAGGGAUUUGCUAUGGCUGAGCUCAAAACCCUGAUUUCUCUCAUCAUCUCUAAGUUUGUAUUGAAGCUUUCACCACACUAUGAGCAUUCUCCAACACUGAAACUCAUUGUGGAGCCAGAAUUUGGUGUGGACCUCACUUUAACAAGAGUGCAAGGUGCACAUAGACACUAAUAGGGUUGUAAUUUGGACAUAAUAAUUGCAGUGUCUAUCCAGAUCGAUGGAGAGAAAACUGUAAUCUGAUGAAUGCAUCAAAUAUGUACAUAUAUACAGCUCCAUACUAUGAAGGCUUGAUCUUCUGAUGGCAUGUUGAGAACUCAGCUUAAAUAUGUUUAGCUAUAGGGAAGAUAUCAAUGAACAAUGGUUUAUGUCAACAUCAUAUGGUUGUGUUGUGAGUAC